AUGGCAACAUCAUUAUUAUCGACCGCUGGCAAGCCUGGGCGGCCAAGCAAAAGGGGGAGAGCAGAUGAAGAGACGGAUAGGGACGAAAAGAGACCAAGGAAGAAGACAACAUGCUUCAAAGACGAAGACUCCGUUCGGGAACAAGCACGAAAACAUCGAAUCCUGACAGCUCGUAUGCCUACUAAUGCUCUGACUUCCACAUGGAGCCUAGGAAGGAAUAGGCGCUUGGAUACGAAGCAUGUGCGAACUCUCUGCACCGUUUUUACACAGGGCGGAUUGAAUCGAAAGGCUGAAGAGAAUCAUCUCCUGGUCCUCUGCAGUCGAGCUGACGUGUCGCGGAUGAUGAAGCAUCUUCAGAGACAAGGCCAGUCGAUCAACCCCGACAUUUCCGAAGAGUUACCUUUCUUUGACGAAUGGUCUUCCGUCAAUGGAGGGAGUCAGGCAGAGGUUAUGGCUGGACAGCACCGUAUCAAGGCUCUCGAGGCAUACGUACAGGAAACGGGCGCUGGCGAAAAAGAACUGUGGUGGACCUGCGAGUUCUAUGACAAGGAUACGCUGCCACUAAGCUUAAAUCUCAAGCUCCGGGUCAAUCGACAGGAUCCAGCCAUGGCUGAUAGUCACGGCCAAGUAUGGAUGCAAGUCGUUGCAGCAUCAAGCCAAGACCCUGACUUAUUCUGCGGGAAAGCAGCCCAUGUCGAGGAUCAGAUGAUCGACGUUCUUCAGUUAGGCAGUGAGAAGCAAUUUCCCACUCGUCGUCUGGCUACCAUCUGGAGGAACGAGAGAUGGAGAGAGAUGGCCACGCGUUGGUGUGAGACCUCGAUUGGCAGGGCUACCUUCAAAAUCUCAACAUGGGACUGGAUGAUUAGUUACAGAAUCGACGAUUUCUGGUUUGGGAUGUUCCGCAGCGUAUUGCAGACGCUGUCUCAACUUCCCGGUGAUGCUGCCAACGAAGUGGAGCUGGCGGACUGGAAGAGGAUGUCGGAGUUCCUGGGCUCAACCCGCACAAAAGAUCAGGUCCAGACACUCUUCUAUCCGCCUUCAUCAUCAUCAUCAUUAUCAUCAUCAUUAUCAUCGUCAUCAUCCACAGCUACGAAUAGAAACACCAAACGUCGACCCGGUUUCCUUACUACAACAGAUGACGCCGGAUAUGAAGAGAUAUACAGCAGGAUUCUUAGGACCUCCCGGCUACGGUUUACCAAUAUCCACCGCCUUCUAAGCCUAAGCAGAGAGGAUGGGAAGGUGCUAUUUCAGGUCAUGAACCAUGUUGUUGCUUGGUUGAAUGCCACCCCCACGACGAUCUCCAAUCAACGUGACAACAACAAGCCGCCUCUGCGGGCUGACAUAGUGUCAACGCUAAACCACUGCUCCGACCGAUACGUCCACGAGGCUGAGAAGAGACUUGGUGUCCUCGUGUGGGAGCCAGACCACCAUCAUUACAAUUCAACGCCCGAGGCAGCUUCUAUACUCUUGCAGCAUGAAGUCCUCGAAUUUGUUCUCCAACGUCUUGGGGACUUCAAAAGUCCAUCGGUCAAGUUGUAUCUGGAGCAAGCACCCAGACAGGUCGACAGCGCCCAAUACACCAAGCGUUUCGAACACGAGACGUGGAACGAAGUACUGACAAUAGUCCAGCGGUGGGUUGGGCACGAAUUCUCUUCCGAGUGGAUGAAGCGGCCUCGAAACGAUCACAUCCUCCCUGACCAAGCUUGCAGCGAUAAUACAACGCCUUCCCGCCCCGCUCACCUUGUCCUGACUACGUCGUUGGGGGACUGUAUUAGAAAGGAUCCGGAGCUUGGAGCCGAUUCAGCUUCUAUCGUAAUGGAAAAGCUCGGGAACGAGGCUUUCGAGGCUGUGCUGAGUCGAUGGCUCACUCAGCAUCAGCGUCAACGUGAUCCUGAUGCAGUGGCGGUCUGCAAUGAAAAAGCAAAAGGUGGCGUCCCGGAGGACGCAGUACCCGGACCAAGAACAAGAACGUCCCCCAAUCUAAACGAGGAUCAAGAAAUCCCACCGCAGGAAAAAGCAAAGAAGACAGGCCAUCAUGAUGAUAGUGGCGACCCUGUUACUGACUCCAAAAAGGUCACGAGAUAUCGAAAUUAUCCAGAUCCAGCCACUGGUACCUCCAACAACCAAGCCAAGGACGGGUACCAAGCAACAUCAUCAUCAUCUUGGCAAACCGCAACGGCAUUCCUUGCCAGGUGCGAGGCCAUCAUCAUCGUCAUCACCGGGGCCACAACGUAG